CAAUAAUACUACUACCGGUGCUGAAGCUGCUGGACAACACAUCCCUUGCUAGUGACUACAGAAGUCCCCACGUGUUUUUGGUUCAUUGCUGUAUACCUGUGUGCUAACAAGAGCUGACAUUCAAUGGCGAAGAGAAGUGCCGAGGACACUCUGCUGCUCGACUCUGCAUCCAGAAAACGUCACUGCUCUCUUAUUAGCGGUGUUGAUCUGCAGCUGGAGAGCAUGUCUCCUACUGGGGGUGUGAGUCCGCCGUCCCUGCAGGAUCUGAUGGGCAGUCGCUGCGGAAAGAGGCCGCACUACUUCGAAGACCCAGAGAAACAAGAAGAAGAAGAAGCUGCCGCUCUCUUCUUCAAGCCCACACACUGCGACACCAGGAAGCAUGCGGCUCCAGUUUUGACUGUGCAAACUUCUGGUAGUUUCCAGGACCGUCACACCUCCUCCAGCACGCCCACCAGCUCCAAGAAACGACCUCGAGAUGACUGUUCAGACACUGUUACUCCUAAAGAUAAAGCUGAAGAAGACACCAACUCUGAAGACUGCACAUUCAACUCCUUCCAGUACUGGAGGGUCCCCUUACCUGAACUUAACCUUUCACUGCUAGAGGAUGCUAGUGACCGAUCCCAAACAAAAGACGAGGAGUCAAAAGUCAAAGACUCUUCUUCUGAUGCCAUGGAAACCUGAGGAUGACAGGUGCAAGCGAGUCUGCUCUACUCUGUCCUUUCAUCAGCAGUCAAACAUGAUGAAAGUGUGAUGCUUUUUCAGCAGAUAGAGACAUCAGAAGCACAUUAAGGUUGCUUGAAUUGCAUCCUGGUGAGAUGCAACAACCUGAUGUCGCAGAUUGCCAAAGUAGCUCCAUCAGUCACAAAGGCUGAGCUUCAGGCAGGUGUAAGAUCUCGAUAAUUUAGGUGAAGCAACAAUGAGAUGUGUACUGCAACAAUACUGCUCCUACAGUUUUGACCAAAACUUUGGUGAAAUUUUAGUAAACCUCUGUGAAGGGUUGCUCAUCCAUCCUCAAAGUGUAGAUAGUUUUCUUAUGUAAGAUAUCACAUUUUUUUGUGAAAAGUCUGACUGUCUGGUGUGCAAUUGUGACUACAGCAAUGCGUUUUCUUUUGUGCAGAAUCCCUACCUUCCAAACCUAGUAUUUUAUAAAUGUAUAAUGUUAAAGGUGCUCUAUACGAUAUCCAGAGCAUUAAUAUAGCAGCAAACAACUAUGCUAUGUAAAAAUAUAGAGGACUAAUGUCUACCUGAGCAGAGAAUGAAGUCGCUA